GCUCACUACACUCAACAGCGACAGGAUGAAGGUUCUGGUAGCCAUCUGCCUUUUUGGCCUCGUGGCCACAUCUAUGGCUGAGGGUGAAUGCGUGAUUUCGGAAGACUGCAACAACCACGAUGGAAGAGCCCUGUGCUACAACCAGGAGUGUCACAGAGACGUGCCUUGCAACAAGGAUAACGACUGCUUCUUCUGGGCUGCUGCUGAUGUAGCCAUGGGUCACCCCCAUCCUGAAUGCUAUGAUGUACAGGAAGUGAAGAGGGCUCCUGGGUACGGCACAUGCGUUCUGAAAGAGCAUGCAGGCAACAAAUACGACCGAAUUCCAGGCGAUGAUGUCGCAGCCCUGGAGGAUUUCCAAUCCUAGACUAUCACUUUCGCUGGAUUCUGCAUAUCGCAAUAGAUAUGACUUACCUGUAAUCCGCAUAGUCCUAAAGCUAAGUCAUCCGCAGAAUUAAGAAGUCAAAAGAGACCAAUUAUAUUGAAGAAUUAUUUCAUGACUAUGAAGAGUUUCUUUGAUGGAACGUUAGUAAAUACCCACAGUAACAGAGGAAAGAGAAAGGAGAUGUAAAGCAUUCAAAUAAAGAUAUCUCUCCUGACAAUCCA